ACAGGUUGUUUACAUAACCAUAACCUCUAGGCUACCAUAUCAUUGUUCUUUAAACUAACCACCAAAGAUUAUGUAAUAUGUGGUGUAACUGUAUACCGGCGUGAAAUCAUUUGGGAAGCUGUAGCUGUACAGUAUAUCUUAGCCUCCACUAAUAUCCAGCCUCUUCCAAUCUCCUUCAGUUUUUAGUCGAAGUGAAAAUGCCCCUUCUUCCAACAAACAAGAGGCCUAUUGCUUACUUGACAAGGGUUGAGAAAUUCAGUGCUUGUCACAGACUUCACAGUCCACAUCUAAAUGACGAGGAAAAUUUGGAGACUUAUGGAAAAUGUAACAACUUUCAUGGUCAUGGCCAUAACUACACAGUGGAGGUGACGUUGAAAGGCCCCGUCACAGAAGAUAGAGGGAUGGUGAUGAACAUAAACGAUCUCAAGAAGUAUAUGAACACCGCAAUAAUGGUUCCAAUGGACCACAAAAAUCUCGACAAGGACGUUCCAUAUUUUAAGAACGUGGUGAGCACGACUGAAAACGUAGCGAUCUUCAUCUGGAACAACCUCAAACAAGAACUGGAGGAUCCUUCACUCCUAUAUGAAGUCAAGAUUUUCGAAACCGAUAAAAACAUCAUUUUGUACCGUGGAGAGUAAGCUACGUUGUACAGUACAGCUUCAUUUUUUUGCAUUUACAAAAACGUUGCAUUUAUUUUACUUAAUAUGUAUGUAAGUAAUGUCUUAAGUAUGAAAAACAGUGACAUUUCACUCAAAAGGUCAACACUGAAGAAUAAGAAAUUAUAUUUUUUUUAGUUUUGUUGUAUUUAGGAAAAUUUACAACUUUUAUUCCUAUAACACUUAUUUUGUCAAUCAAUUAUUUUUAACCAAACUUGUAUUUUUUUAACAAUAGUUUUUGAAUGGUGUUUUUAUAUUUUAUUUGCUUAUAUUGUUGUUAUUCGAUUCAAAUGUUUAUCUUGCUC